AUGGCUCCGGUACGGUCGCGUUUGACGUUGAAAAAUAAAAUCGACAUAAUAAAAUGUUAUGAUGCAAAAAAACAAAGUGGUCGUGAAUUAGUGACUCAAUUUAAAGUUGGUAAAACUCAAAUUGGAACCAUACUCAAGUCCCGGGUAGAUCUAUUGCGUAAAUGGUGUGAUGAAAACGUGAAUGGAGAGACAAAAAAGAAUUUUAUUGAAGCUAUAGAAAUUGCUAAAACUUUGGGUAGAACUAAUUUUAAAGCGUCUAAUGGAUGGCUCGAAAAAUUUCGCAAACGUCACAAUAUUGCUUAUAAAGCUAUCUGUGGAGAAAGUAGUUCCGUUGACCAUGAUAUUGUGGACGACUGGAAUAAUAAAUUAGUCGAAAUAUGUGAAGGAUUUGUUCCAAAAAAUAUUUUUUAUUUAGAUGAAACUGGCUUAUUUUUUCGUGCUUUACCCAAUAAAACAAUGUGUCUCAAAGGUGAGAACUGCAGUGGUGGAAAAAUAAGUAAAGAACAAAUUACAGUUAUGUUGUGUGUUAAUAUGGAAGGCGAUUUUGAAACACCUUUGGUGAUUGGAAAGGCGUUAAAACCCCGGUGUUUUAAGAACAUAAUCGUCAACGAUCUUGGAGUAACGUGGAAGGCUAAUCGUAAAGUUUGGAUGACACAAGAAUUAAUGAAAGAAUGGUUAUCGAAUUUCGAUAGAAAAAUGCAAGGCCGGAAGGUUAUCCUUUUUCUUGAUAAUGCGACUAGUCAUCCUCAUUUGAAUUUACAGAAUGUGAAACUCGCAUUCUUUCCACCAAAUGUAACUUCAACUUGCCAACCUCUUGACCUAGGCAUUAUAAAAAAUUUCAAAACUCAUUACCGCAUAAAUCUUUUAAAACACGUAAUUUCGUCUAUAGAUAACGAAAAUAUAAAAAAACCAAAUGUGACAGUUCUUGAGGCAGUUAUGUGGACUACAGCAGCUUUAGAAAAAAUAAACAAGGAAACGGUCACUAAAUGUUUCAUAAAAGCCGGGUUUCCGGGGUCAGAUAAUAUUGGUAAAUUAACACAAGUAGAAGAUCUGAGUAAUGAGUUAACGAAACUAGUUUCAACAAUAUAUCCAACAAAUGCACAGGACUAUUCGUCAAUAGAUGAAUGCUUACAAACCGAAGACUUAUCAUUGAACAUUGAAGACAUAAUCAAUGAUGGCAUGAGUGAGGAUGAAAGUCAUGACGUGGAACAAGAAGAAGAUAGUACAGACGGUGUAGACGAAGAAAAAAUAAUACUCAAAGAAGCAUUACAGUUAGCGAAUAAACUAAAGACGUUUUGUCUCAAUAAGAGUGAUGCAGUUUCAUUGUCACUAGUUAAUCAACUCCAGUCUAAUUUUGAG